GACACUGUUUAGCACUGUAGUAUGUAGUUUGGUUCCUGGCCACCAUUUCUCUCUUUUUUAAAAAAUUAAUUAAUUAAUUUGACUUUUGUUUCUAAUUGUGGUUCAGCUUUUCGGCUCUCGUGACCGCCGUUCAACCCAUAAUUACAGGCCUCGUGACUGGAGAUUUAAAAAAAAAAAAAAAAAAAAAAAAAAAAAGGAGAAAAAAAACCCCCUGCAUAAGGCAUAAAAAGCUGACGUAAAUGUUACAUCCUGUAAUGAUAAGCUGGGGCUAGACAACUUUUCUUCAUGGCGGCGCUAAAUCAUGUUGUUGUUGUUGUUGUUGUUUUCAGACCUGCUCGACCUUUAGAAAUCGAUUAUGGCUUUAAAAUGCGCGGUGUAAAUGUGUGGAGGGUUUCCUAAUUAAAACACACACCUACAUUAUCCUGACACAUAUGAAGUCGACACACAAUAUCACCCUUACCACGAAUCAAACUAGACACAGUGCUGUGAAUAUACAGUAUGAUUACACAGGGUCGUAUAUCAGCGUUGUUGUUGUUGUUGUUGUUGUUUGCACGAGCCUAAUAAAAGCUUGACAUUGUUAUCAUUUGCGCAUUAGCAUAACGACUCGCCACCCACAGAAAGCUCAUGAACGUCCCCUAACGUCUUUUCUUUUCUUUUUGACCUCCGUGAAAGCGAGUUAACGUCGAAAAAGAAAAAAAAAAAAAAACACCAUAUCUUACGUGACUAAAUAAAUUACCAGCUAUACUAGAAAUAGGAAGGAGGAAAGCAGAAGUGCGCCUCCGAAUCUCUGCAGCUCUGCAGGAAAUGUUCUUUCUAUUACACAUCCAAACGACCUCAGCCGCAGGUCCUUGUAGAGACAUAAAACCACACCGAGACAUUUCGAGAUAUUCUCGACACACGUAAAGUCUCAAAAAAAUUCUUUUAUAGUUCCUGCGCUGUAUUUUAACUCGCGCAAUCGUAACAAAGUGCAAAAUCCGCGUGUAAUCUUCGGGGUGUUUUUUUAAAACGGUACCGAUGCGACGACAGCGUCUGACCAGCUGCGUGUCCGUACCGUGUUUUGAAUUUAAUAUGAACGUUUUGUCGGCGAAAUGCUUCGUAAAUCGUACGACUAGAAACGUGGACGCUGGGAAAAAUAUUACAUGGUAACAGCGCACAUUUUUGAAGCGCGGAAUUCCCGCGGCGUCGUUUUCAUAUUGAGCCUCGGCGAAGCACCGGGCGCUCGGAUAUUUUCCCCUUCCAGGACCUGCGGCAAUCCAUUCAAGCCAACAAGUUUGGAGAGAAUGUUGAGUUUAAUCAAUUCAGAGCGUCGAGAUGGAGCCCAACUCACUCACGUGGGUCGGCUCACCUUGUGGCUUGCACGGACCGUACAUUUUCUACAAGGCGUUUCGGUUCAAGCUCGAGGCCAAAGCGAGGAUUUUGUCUCUGGGCGAUUUUUUCUUCGUGCGCUGUAAACCGGAGGACCCGGUGUGCAUAGCCGAGCUCCAGCUGCUCUGGGAAGAAAGGACAACCAAGCAACUUUUAUCCAGCUCCAAACUUUAUUUUCUGCCAGAAGAUACUCCCCAGGGAAGGACUGUCACUCACGGAGAGGACGAAGUGAUCGCCGUGUCGGAGAAGGUCAUCGUGAAGUUGGAAGACUUGGUGAAAUGGACAGUGUGGGAUUCAUCGUGCUGGAACAAGGGCCUGCAUGCGCUGCCUCUAAAGCCCUCGAUGCUGAAAGAGCUGGGCAAGAAUGGCCAGAGGGAAAGCCUCUACCGCUACCGAGAAUCCACGUUCAACAGUGGCCUGAACUUCAAGGACGUCCUGAGGGAGAAGGCUGAACUGGGUGAUGAUGGCGAGGAUAAGAGGGUCCUGGUGCUAAGCUAUCCACAGUACUGUCGCUACCGCUCCAUCAUCGCACGGCUCCGUGAGCGGCCUGCCUCGCUCCUGACGGACCAGGUGGUACUAGCUCUGGGGGGUAUCGCUACGCUCACAAGCAGCACUCAGAUUCUCUACUGCAGGGACACAUUCGAGCACCCCACACUGCUGGAGAACGACAGCAUCUGCGACGAAUUUGCACCCAAUUUGAAGGGCCGGCCCCGGAAGAAGAAAGUCCCCAUGUGCCAGCGCAGAGACUCGCAGGCCCAGAGUGGAAACACCAAAGAGCCCGGCUGUGUGGAGGCCAGGACACCCAGCAAGGCGAAAGCAGAAACAAAGGCAGUGGUGUCGAAACCUAAGAGCAGCAGCUGCAAAAAGGUAUUGGCCGAGGAGAAGAGUAAGGAGGAGACGGGGGAGGAGUGCCGCGCCGAAGAACAGGCCUUCCUAGUGGCCCUCUACAAGUACAUGAAAGAGAGGAAGACCCCUAUAGAGCGAAUACCCUAUCUAGGUUUCAAGCAGAUAAACCUUUGGACGAUGUUUCAGGCUGCUCAGAAGCUGGGAGGAUACGAGCUGAUCACAGCCCGCCGACAGUGGAAAAAUGUAUACGACGAGUUGGGUGGAAACCCAGGAAGCACCAGCGCCGCCACGUGUACACGGAGACACUACGAGAGGCUAAUCUUGCCCUAUGAGAGAUAUACGAAAGGAGAGGAGGACAAGCCACUACCUCCCAUCAAGCCCCGAAAGCAAGAGGCCAGCAUGCAGGAGGGGAGCACCAAGUCAAAGGUGCCGUCCACAAAGCGCCACAAAGACGAACAAAAUCCAAAGGACUGGAACGAAAAGGACGCCUCGGCUAAAGUCCCCGAGCCGGAUGCAGAGGACAUAAAGGACAAGGAACAGCUUCAGGAAGAACUGAUGGUGAAGCAAGAGGCACAGCAGUCCCAAGUUUCAGCCCGGAUAGAUGGCGAGGCAAUGAGUCCCAACGCAGAGGAUGGGGCCGUGCAGCUGGUCCUCCAGGAGGAGGAGACGAAACCAGUGCUCAAGAAAUCCUGGGAUGGUGGUCCACAUGAAGCAAUCAAACAUGCAUCGCUUCCACAGGAUGGCAUGCCACUCAAAUCUGAGGACUCCGAAGUGUUCCCCAUUGCUGCGUCUAUGCCACUACGGCACUCCCACCCCCUUCCCAACUGUUACACACAGGACCAGUGGCAGCAUGAGAGAGCAGAAUACAAGGCACCUUCAUACACCCUGGGAAAGACAGAACAGGCUGGUGUAAAAGACAGCCAAAACCAUGUAGGAAUGGUGCUACCCACCUUGAAACAAAGACCUCUGCACUCCCUCUCCGUACCAGAGAUCCCAACAGAGAGGGCUGAACUCCCCACCAAGGAGGAGAGCUUCUGCUACAAUCCACUCUUGUAUCCUAGGAGCAACCCUGGUAUCAUGUCCCCCCUAGCUAAGAAGAAGAUGCUGUCACAAGUAAGUGGCACUGGCUUGGCCAGCAAUUUCCCCUAUGGUCCACCUCCCCCAUUAGUCAACAAAAAGGCAUCAAGCAGCAGUACAGAAGAAACCGCUUCUGAGCAACCGGGACCCCAGGUCCCUUCCUCUACAGGUGAGGCAAGUGUCAUGAUCAAGCGUCCGUCUGUCAUCCAGCAUGCUCAGAGUUUCAAGCCUCGCGAGGACAGAAGACCUGCUAUUGAAACCUCGCAUAGGGAGGUGUGUGGUGAGAGGGAGAUAUACCCUUCUGAACAACCCCAGCGUCAGCCUCUUCACCACUCACAGCCCAGCCCUACAGGAGAACCCUACAUUGUGAGAACCAAUCUUCAUUCCAGUGUGGAGAAAUCCAGUGAGGUACCUCGCCCUGGGCAGGUGCCAAGUUUCCUGGGUGAUUUCUGCUCCUCACCACACCUGCACAGCCUCUACCGACAGGCAGAGCACCAUCUAAGCAAGGAACAGCUAACCAAGUACCUAAACAGAGAGACUUACUCACGGGACUGUGAAACUGCACAUGGUUUCCCUCAGAGUCAGCAUCCUGACAGUGGAAGUCUGACUUACUCGCCCCGUCUGAAUCCAAAAGAGAAAGGCCCUCCUAGUGAAAAGGUCACAGAGGAGCAACCAACAGAUCUGAGUCUCCCAAAACCCUCUUCACACAAAUUGCCCCACUCCACUUCAUCUCUGUGCAGCCUCUCACAUUCCAUGAUGCAGCAGGACAUUAAAAACACUCCUCUUUUUCAGGCAGGUAGCAGUCAAAGUUCAAGCCUGGACUAUCACCCCAGAGCCUGUCGUGUUCCUCCUAUGACUGUGUCCACUCCAAAAAAGGUGGUUGAACCCCAGCUCAAAGCACACAGUGGCCGAGGAGAAGAGACAGUUAGCUACAAGAUAGACGAACUGGCUCGGCCUAUCCUAAGCACCAAAAGUAGCCCACAGAAUGUUGGUGCGGCACGGCCACUUAAACGUAAUCUAGAGGAGUUGGAGAACGGACCAACCGAGAAGAAGAUUCGGGCUGUGACCCCCAUGCACUGCUCCACGCCUAGAGAUGUCCCGGUUAAAGUGCGGACCCCAGAGCCUGACAAUGAAUCCAUGAAGCCGGCUGAGCCGGCACACGCGGUGCACAUCAACAGCUAUGCUGCUGAGGGACACAAGUUCCCAAUGCACUCCUCCAUCUUCCCAGGACUGUAUCCUGGGGCAUUUGUUUCUCAGGUUCAGGAAAUGUGUGACAGCCUGGGCCCUCAUGCCCCCCCUGGUUAUUCGCAUCCACUGCAGUACUUGAAGAACCAGGCUGUCAUCUCACCACUCAUGCCCCAGUUCGCCAUCCAUUCCAUAAUGAUGCAGAGACAGUUCUUGGCCCAGGCGGCCAAUCCAGCCCACCUGUACAGGCACCCAAUGGGGACUUCAUAUGGAGACAUUCUCCAUCAUGGCCUUUACCCCAUGACAGCCCUCAAUCCUCAGCCAGCUUUCAGUCCCCCACAGCUCUCCUCAGUUCAUCCUAGCACCAAACUCUCUUAAAAAGAACCAGACAUUCCGCUAGCUAGAGUGGCCUUGCCCACACUCCUGACUCGAAUCCAAACGGUCCCUAUUCCCAAUAAGCAUGGCUAUGCCAUCGACUACACAGCUAGCGGCAUUAGAUGCUUUUAUUUUAGGAGCAGUGUUUCUGUUAUUUGUCCUUUUGCCACUCAAGUUUAUGAUUUGCACAUUUCUUUGAACAUGGGCCAGCUGAGCUGAUUGUGUCUUGUUCGCACAGCGCUGUUUGCAGGUAUCAGUUGUCUAGUUUCAAUGAUGUUGCUUCGGCAAAGGUAUGUACCGAUGGAAGAGCAGGAACUCUCACUGAAGAUCUGAGUGUCCGGUGGAUCUAAACAAGUGACAAAUCAGUGCAAUCACAGUAAUGCUUUUUCAAUCAAUCUGUAGAACUCUGAUGUGAAACACUAUUGAUGACAAAAUUUACAGGAGAAGCUGCCUGGUGAACUAUUGUAUGUUUGCAUAUUAAUCCUUACUGUGCAUUCUUUUCUUUUUUUUUCUUUUCUUUUUCUUUUUUUUUUUUUUUUAAUGUAUCCGUGUGGUAGCUUAGUGUUUCAAGCCUGCAGGGGGUUAAACUACUAAGAUCUGAAUAUUGCUCCAUUUACAAGAACCACAAGAGACCUGAACAUUGCAGUUGGUUGUAUUACACAGCUACAUGUAAAUAAAUCUAACUAAGCUUUCCUUGAAACAAUCUUAACCUUUGACAAUAAAAUGUGAGUUAGGUUUCACACGCUUUUCUGACCACCCAUCCGCUGGCAUCCCCUUGAGUUCUUCUCACAUUUAGUAAAGUUCCCACCCAUUUGCCAGGGCAAAGUGGAAUGUGUUUGUCAAAUGUAGGACCGAGGUGCUUGUACAUAACCUUAGCUAACUGAAAAACACUUUGUAUUAUAUUCACUGGCUACGGUAAUUUCUGACUGCGCUGAACCACAAGUUCUAAAAAUGGGAUCGGAUCACUUUGCUCAAGACGGGAUGAAGCUUCAGGACUACUUUGGUGUCAGAAAGUGGCUUUUGUCUUUGCAGACACACAUUUGUGAUCACAGUUUACUCAGAGCAAUUCUUUUCAAGAGUUUUACCAGAGAUAUACCAGGCUACACUCGGGGAUGUGGGGGUGGUGUGUUUGGGGUGGGGGGCGGGGUUUUAGGAGCACUUACUGAAGCACACACAAAAGGACCCUGCUGAAAGACGUUUAGCAGUGGAUGUCAAAAUUAGCUUCAAAUAUUCUGCAAAGAAGUGUUACGGCAGCGAUCAGUUCUUAAAAGCUGUGUAAAAUGUGUAACACCCCCCCCCCCCCCCCCCAAAAAAAAAAAAAGGUUGUCAUUUAAAAAAAAAAAAGUUACAAUUUCUUUGCACAAUGACUUUAUUAAAAGUACCAAUACAAUUUGAAAGUGACACAAUCUUCUUAGGAUUUUGUUUGUUUGUUUGUUUGUUUGUUUCUUUCUGUAUUAGUAGGGAAAAUUAAACUUAAAAGUUCAAGAAAUGUAUUUACUCCAGCUGUUUGGAGUAGCACUCAAGGUUGCUAUGUAACAUUUUUAAUGAGAAAUAAACCAUUUUAUAAGUUGAA